AUCUUCCUAGUCCCAUAUUCUGAUGGCGACUUGUCCCAUGUCCGAACCACAUAUUUACUCUCACCAACGAAACAGUGCACGAUUGUAACACAUAGACAAUCAACAAGUAGAUAACACAAGAGCCCACACAUCGUACGCCACGUGGCAGAUACACCUCCUUAUAAUCCUCUCGCCCUCUCAGUUUCUACGCCAUUUUCUCAAAGCCACACCUACUCACAGAAUCUGUAGAAUCAUCAUCAUCUUUCAACAAUGGCUUCCACUGCUCUCUCCAGCGCAAUCGUAAGCACCUCUUUCCUCCGCCGUCAACAGACACCAAUCAGCCUCAGGUCUCUCCCGUUGGCCAACACACAAUCUAUCUUCGGCCUCAAAUCCUCUACCGCUCGCGGCGGCCGCAUCACUGCCAUGGCUACCUACAAGGUCAAGUUCAUCACACCUGAGGGAGAACAAGAAGUGGAGUGCGAAGAAGAUGUCUUCGUCCUCGACGCUGCUGAGGAAGCCGGAAUUGACUUGCCGUACUCAUGCCGUGCCGGUUCUUGCUCAAGUUGCGCCGGGAAAGUCGUCUCUGGCUCUAUUGACCAGUCGGACCAGAGCUUCUUAGACGAUGAACAGAUCAGCGAAGGCUAUGUCUUGACCUGUGUGGCUUAUCCGACUUCUGAUGUCGUCAUCGAAACCCACAAAGAAGAAGCCAUUAUGUAAAAAAUUUAAGCUUCUUGAUGAAUUUCAUCAAAAGAGAAAUAACUUGAUGUAUAAGUCAUCUCUCUUGUUACUUCGCUAAUGUCGCCCUAAUUUGGCUCAUCCUUUUAAAAGAUCAAUCAAUAAUAACCAAUUUCAAUGUUUUGUUCUUCAA